UUGCUGUAUAGCUGAGUCAUUAUGUCGGUUGUUAUCUCCGUUUGAGUUUAAGUAAUCAUUUAUCUGCGCAGUUUAGCAAACCUACGUCUCUCUCUUCACUCUUGACUCGGCUUCAGUUAAGAGGUUGUUAAAUCGUAGGAGAAACUCCCCCUGAGUAAAAUUAAGACUUAAUUAAUUAGUGGAAAUUAAUUAUUGAUCAAAAAUGGCGUUUUCCUCGACGGGGUGGGUUUUGUUGGCCGUGUCGGUUGCGAUUUUUGGUCACGUCAACUCUUACACGGUCACAUUUGACGAUGGCGCACUACUUGGGAGUUCACCCUGCACGUACGGACCGUCGUAUUGGUGCCACAAUAUCACUCAAGCGAAGACGUGCAAGGCGGUGAAGCACUGUAUCUCCACGACUUGGGCGGGUAUGACCCUCCCCCCGGAUAAUGAUGACGUUUGUCAAAUCUGCAAAGAGAUGGUGAAGGAAGCGAGAGAUCAAUUAUUGUCGAAUGAGACGCAGGACGAAUUAAAACAAGUCCUCGACGGCUCUUGCGCCCUCAUCCCGCUAAAAAUCAUCUCUACCGAGUGUACCAAAUUAAUGGACAACUUUCUCCCCGAACUCGUCGACGCGCUCGCCUCCCGCAUGGACCCACAACUCGUCUGCGCCGUUUCCGGCCUCUGCAACUCUGCCCGCAUCGACAAACUCAUCGACGACUCUCAGCUGACCUGUGCCUCCUGCAAGUACCACAUGUCCGCCCUUUUCCACCACCUCAACCAGUCCGACAACUUGAAGAAUGCCCUCCUCGAAGAAUGCGGUCACCUCGGCUCAUAUUCCGACAGCUGUCGCGCCGCCGUCCUGGAGGAGGACUUGACCCUCGUCCGAGGUUAUUUGGACGGAAAAUCAGGCGAAUUUUGCGAACUGGUCGGAAUUUGUGGGGAGGGGAGCGACCCCGUCGACACAGGGGAGGUCGCCGUCUACCAGCCCACGGAGGAUUUGUCCUGCGAUUUUUGCAAACAGUUGGUCAACCACGUGCGCACUUGGUUGGUGGACAACGCGACCCGAGAAGAGUUUGACCUUGUGAUGAAAAAUUUGUGCAAAGCUGUCGGACCGAAACAUGAGAAGGAAUGCGUCGCAUUUGUCAAGGAUUAUGGGGAUGAGAUCUAUCAGCUCGUGGUGGACGAUUUGGAUGCGGACAGCUUCUGCCAGAGGGUCGGCGUCUGUCCGAGUGAGAGUGGGGCAAAGGACUCCUCCCUCGUUUGGACCAUUUUCCCCGUGAAGAGCGACACUCGACUGGUAAAACUCGUCCCCCCACAGCGCCUCAUCGGUACGGACGAGAGAGCCGAGUCGGAUACGAAAUGCGAACUAUGCUCCUAUUUCAUGGCGCAGCUCCAAACAUAUCUCGACGACCCCACCACGGAACACUCGAUCGAACAGUUUGUCGACCAAGCGUGCACCCGCUACCUCCCAAAGGAAAUGGCGAGCCAGUGCCAAGAGUUCGUCACGGAGUAUGGGGACGAACUCAUUGAACUGAUUGGAUCAGAAGUUGACCCGAAAGAGAUCUGUCCACGACUCAAACUCUGCCCUGUACCUAAAGUCACCGGCGUUAAAGAUAUCCUCCCAACUUGCGCCCUGUGUGAAUUCACCGUCACCAAAUUAAUUAAUCUUAUCGGUAAAAAUAUGACAAAGGAAUCCAUCGAGUCCGCAACCGCAAAAGUGUGUCACGCACUUCCUAAGAAGUACACGGAUGAGUGCAUGUCCUUCAUGAAGAAUUAUGGGGACCAAGUCAUCGAGAUGAUUUUGAUUGAGGGGAGCAGUCACGAGAUCUGUGCGGCCCUUCACCUCUGCCUUUUCAGCAAAGUCUCUCCCCCAGCAGAACCACGCCCCGCAAUUGUGACCAAUAACAAAGGCGACGAUCCAAAGUGUGUGCUUUGCGAGUAUGUCAUCACCACGUUGGCGGCAAGGAUUAAAGACAAUGCGACCGAGCAAGAAAUCAAGGCCGAGUUGGAACAGAUUUGCACCCACCUGCCCAAAACGGUGACGAAGAAAUGCACUACCUUCGUCGAAACGUACGGCGACCUGAUUCUCAGUUAUCUCGUCCAGGAAAUGGACCCCCAACAAGUCUGCCAAGAGCUCAGGCUGUGCAAAGCACCCGGUCUCGUGGGAGUGACAGGAGAUUUGCUCGAAUUAUCGCAAUGCCAACUGUGCCAAGUAGUGGAGGACUAUUUCACCAUGAAAGUCGACCAGAAAGACGAGACCUUCAUGAGGAACGAAAUUGACGAAACGGUUUCCCGACUUUGUGGAAAUUUGCGAAAUUUGAAGGAAAAUUGUACCGAGCUUGUCGAGGACUACGGCCCAUAUCUCCUUCAGGUCGUAAAGGGUGACACUGACCCUGACUCUGAACCCGACGGCUGUUAUAAAGUUGGACUCUGUUAGAGGAAUUUGAGUCAUAUUUAUUUCUUUUAAUUCAAUUAUUCUUUUUUUUGUUCGAGACCUGACUUUUUCUCUUAAAUAUAUGAAUUCCAUGACAAAUCAUUUCAUAAAAAAGACCUGUAUACAUAAAUUAUAUGAAGAUAUGAAAUAAUAAAGGCUUCUAUUUAAAAUUAA